AUGGACACUAACAAGUUCAACGAGCAGGCAGCGCCGCACGUGCAUGACGACUACCCCAAGUUUUACACCACCACGGUCCCCGUCACGGUACCCCUUCCCAACGUACCUACCACCCCACUCGCGCCUGCGCCUAAGCCAGUCCUCCGCAAGCGCCCUUGGUACCACGUCGAGCGUCCUCACCCACUCCUCUGGGUGGCGCUCGCCUUUAGCACACUUGCCAUCCUCCUUGGCGUACCCAAGGGCACUUUCCCGACCGUCACGGGGCGCCACAAGGAGCUGCGGACCCAAGAGCUUCUCGUCCAGGAACGUCUCGCCCUCAUCACCCAGCUCUCGGCCUUCCUCCCUCCUCCCCUCUCUGCUCUCUUCGCCAUCCCAGACGCGACCCCGUCGGGGCUCGACAUGGUCCGUCUAAGCCGCGGCAUGCAGCUUUGGCACACUCAGGGCCGUGACGGCACUUGGUGGAACCUCGAGGACCUCGGCGCUGGCGCGCAGGUCGUACGCGCCCAGGGCGAGCGGGACCGCGAGGUCUGGGUCCUCCGUACCGGCGAGGGCGACACGCCCCUCCUCGCUGCGCUCACCAACUCGCUUCUCGCCCGGGAGCGUCUGUAUGUCGAGCUUGAUGCUGCGCGUAGCCAGCCCUGCCAACCCACCAUCACGGCGACCGUCCCGGCCGGCAAGGAUAAGGACGAGAAGUGGGACCGGUGGGAUGAGGAGCAGCGCCGUCUCCGCCAGCGCACCGACGAGCUCGAGGAGCGCGAGCAGGACGUCAUCCGGCGCGAGAUGUGGGUGGUCGACGCCAUGCGCAAACUCAGCGACAAGUCUCAUAACUCGGCCUCGCAGCUGGACAUGGAGGACCGUGUUGUCGAGCGCCUCAAGGCGUACCAGCGCCAGAUCAAGACUGAGCUCUAA